UUUUCCUUUUCUUACAUGAGAAUUUGCUUUUUCAUAUGGUCUCAGGAACCAUUGACCGAGGAGGAGAUAGAAGUGCUCAUUUCUGAGCUGUUAGAAGUUGAGAGCAAAGCAGCAGAGGCGCAAGAGGCACUGGAAGAGGAAUCACUGAUGAAAGUAGAAGCAGAUGUUAGGAAAGAGUUGGCUCUAUCUCUCUCUGACAAUGAAUUGGAGAAGGCUGUUGUAGAAGAGAUGUUUACAUUCAAGGAAGAGUGGGAAGUGGAGCUUGAUGAGCUUGAGACCGAGAGUGCUUAUUUACUGGUAUAUACUUUCAGCAUUUUCUGACUACAUGUCAAAAAUAGUAAUGCUACAAUUGUUGGUUCUUCUACUAAAUUGACAAAAAU